AUGAGAGCACACUAUUAUAACGAGACGUACAACGAAGAUGAUGACAUAAUUCCCGAGUAUUCGAAAGAUUUAAGUUUUGCGCUAAAUCGUUUUACUAUCUUAGAGUACGAUCCAAAAUUUUAUGUGAUACCUGGGAUCGACGGGCCGCUUAACUUAACAUGUCAAUAUCACAUUAAAGUAGCCGUUGCAUCUUGGAUAAAUGCGGGGAUUAUUGCAUUUAGCUUUAUGGUUUAUUUUUUAUUUAUACCGGUAGGAAUACUAGUCCAUGAAGCGGGUGUAAGAAUCAGGGAAUCUAUUAGAAAUGAAUGGAUAUAUAGGAAGGAAUGUUUUGAAGCUUGGAAGUUGCAAAAAAAGUAUAGGGAGGAGAGAAAACGUAGAGAAAAUACAAUAAAUAAUGAGAGCGGAGUUGAUUGCGAAGAAAAUACCAUAAAAGAUAUAAGCAGGGUUAAUGGAGAAGUAAAAAAUGAAAUUCAUAUUAAUAUGAAUGAAAGUUAG